UAAAUCAUAACUUUCUCUACUGUACCACAAGAAAUAGCAGUAAAUACUCAGUUAAAACUCUCAGUUAGAUUCUCGACCUUGCGAAUUUAUCAACAAAGAUAAACCCAUUAGUCUAAUUAUAUAUAAUAACACCAUAAAUAAUUAAAACACCGAAUUAAAUCGUCUUAUAAAUAACAGUAGAAACUGUUUAUUUGCAGACUACUUUAAUAAAAACAAUGGAAAAUACUUAUCAAGAAUAAGUAUUAAUUUUAACGGUGCUUUAAUAAUGUUUAAGUACAUUCGAACUCUAUGCACAAGAUUUUCUCUUAUUUAUUUAAAGGAGUCUUAUUAUCUUAAUUAAACUUUUGCAGUACUGAGUAUCUACAUUUAAGUAAAAUCUCCGGCAAUCAUAAUGUUGGGUAAACUGACGCAAACUUUCAACCCUUCCCAACACACACCGCCAUCUAGUACCUAUUUUUAGAACUAUUAGAAUUGAAUUUUUCGAUUUAUCCUUGGAUCUUGAUGAGAUAGUAUAUCUUUACAAUAUGAAGCAAAAAUAUAAAAAAAAGAUUUUUUUUAUGACGUACUUUAAUUUUAACUUAAGUAUACCUAUGCAUUUUCACAGGAUUCCACUAAAUAACCAUUAUGCCUAUGUUAUCGGUUCGAUUCCUUGGAAGAUAAUAUUACAGUUUUGUCGUUGCUAUAAAUAAAUACUAUUCUUAAACCCACUUAAAUGUAAGUGUUAACCAUACUUUUCCAUAAUGCAAAAAAAAACCUGAAAUGACUCUGAAACUGCUACCCCCAACACCAAAAAACCUGACCUCUAACCACUAAGCCACAACAAACUAACAAUCAACAAAAAAACAACAAAAUCUUUGACACAAAAAGCAAAGACAAAUUCCAAAUUGCAAGAUCUCUUUUAAAUCAAGGCAGAAUAAUAUUAUUCCUGAUCCCAAAAAAGGUAACUUUAAAAAAAAGAAUAUAUAUUACACAAGUCGCCAAGGAUAUCCAGUACCGCGCGAGACUCGGCUGAAUGAGGUCGUGCCUGUGCCUGAAAAAAUCGCAAUACGUAAUCUGUGCUUUCGCGCGCUUUCUGAAUUACAAAUGGGAAUUGGUCCAAUAGAUUGAAAGCAGAAUGAAUGAUUACUGUCAAAAUGUCUUUGACAACUUGCUUAUUCAAAAAGAUUCAUCGAACUAUCGUUACUCCAGGGAAAUGUACAGCAAAAGUACUAUUUCUGAAUAUAUUUAUAAAAGAAUAGAAUCACAUCUUACAUCUGAAAACUUAUUAAUAUUUUUUCUUGGUUGCGUCGUGAUUUAUAUUAUUGUAUAUAUUUUUAAUGUAAUAAGCCAAGCAUAUUUCAGUCCGAAUAUUUAUGUAAAGGAAUUGACCGAAGUUGGUUUUGAACAUAUCGCAAAAGGGGAGGAUAGAAAAUUACGUAUAGCAAGAGCUCAAGCCGCCCGGCGGAUGGGAAAUAAAAUACCGCCUCCCUACCCCAACGGGUGGUUCGCGAUAGGGGAGAGUGAGGAUUUGAAAACUUGCAAAGUACUGGCGGUGGACGCGCUAGGACAAAAUCUAUGUUUGUAUAGAGGGAGGAACGGGAAAGCUUAUUGUGUGGACGCGUAUUGUCCCCAUUUGGGGGCUAAUUUAGCGGUGGGGGGCACGGUUACGGAGAAUUGUAUAGAGUGCCCCUUUCAUAAAUGGAGUUUUGACGAAACUGGGACCUGCGUCCGUGUACCCGGCGUUGAGAAUGCUCCGAAGGGCGUGUCCUUAAAGCACUGGCUCACCGUGGAAGUGGACGGUGCGAUCUGGAUUUGGCACGAUGCUGAGGGUCGCGACCCGCUGUGGGAGGUCCCGGAACUGCCGGAACUCGAAGUGUGGGACUCUCGGGGGAGGAACGAGUUUACUGUCAGCGCUCACAUACAGGAAAUCCCUGAAAAUGGCGCCGACGUCGCACAUCUGAAUUCAGUACAUUCACUGUCAGUCCUAGAGCUAUUUGGUCACCACGUAUGGUCAGCUAACUGGGAACCGGGAGAGGACCACACAGCAUCCAUGGACCUAACUCAUGAUUACAUACUUUUUGGGCGCAAGGUCGGCCACAUCGACGUUAAAAUAACACAGAUUGGUCCCGGCCACGUCAGGUUACUCUUGAAAUCCCCGGUGGGACCUAUCCUGGUCUCGCAGUCGGUGACCCCGCUGGGACCAUUACAACAGAAGGUCGUACACAGAAUGUUCUCACCCACGAAAAACGCGAUCUUUGCGAUGCUACUUGUGAAUUAUGAAGCGAAACAGUUUGCAAGGGACGUCGCGAUUUGGAACAACAAGCGUUUCGUUUCAGCCCCAGCUUAUGUUAAGACUGAUAAGGCUAUUCGCGCUUUCCGAAACUGGUUUUCGCAGUUUUACAGCGAGAAAAGCAUCAGUUUUAAAGAUGCUCAUCAAAAUAAUUUAGAUUGGUGAUUGAUUUAAGGAUAGCGGUAAUAAUUUGGCUGACGAAUGUUUAAAAAGGACUCAAAUUUUGACUAGAAAUAUCUGUUUAGUCCGUUAUACAGAUUUCCAAAAAAUAUUGGUUAUGUAUUUAUUACUUUAUCUCGAUACAGUGAUCUAAAAUCUCGUGUGACGUCACUUACCAGUACGCAUUUUACUAACAAGUUAAGUUACUCGCCCCCACUACCAUACAUUUUAUCAUCUCAAAGUGCUUUUAAUCUUCCGA